AUGAAAAAGGGUGGAAACAAAAACAAGGUUGAAAAGGGGAAAAUCAACGAUGUUGUUGAAAAUUCGGAAAAUACAAAUAGUAUGAACAACAACAAUUUAACCAAAAAAAACACGAAGAGCAAAGGGAGCAAAAAACAUAAGAACAUAUCGGAAAAUAAAGAUGAAGAAAAAAAAAUAAAUGAGUUUGGUAAUAGCAAAGAAGAACAUAAAAAAAUUAAAUGUGAAAAGGGUAAAUAUGUAAAAAGGAAAGAUGGGGGGGGGUGUAAUCAAACAGAAAAUCAUAGGGAUUAUCCCUUUACAAACAGUUAUUCUGAAAAUUAUGAAAAUCAUGAAAAUUAUGAAAAUCACGAAAAUUAUGAAAAUCAUGAAAAUCAUGAAAAUCACGAAAAUUAUGAAAAUCACGAAAAUUAUGAAAAUCAUGAAAAUCACGAAAAUUAUGUAAAUCAAAAAAAUUUGGAAAAUGAUGAAAUAUCUGAGAAUUAUGAAAAAUAUGAAAAAUGCAAAACGAAAAAUAAUAGACCGCCUAAUACUAGUAAACCUGUCAACGUACCUAAUGACAGUGAAAAUAAAAAGAGUUUAAAAAAAAGAAAAUACAAAAAAAAUGAGCAAAAAGGAGAAAAUGGAGGGGAAAAGGAUGGAAUAAAUGAUGAGUCAAAGGAAAGUAUAAAUGUCGGAGCUAAGGAAUGUAUAAAUGUCGAAGUAGAGGAAGGUAUAAAUGUCGGAGUAGAGGGACCUAAUGACAAGGUGCAAGAACAGCUAGACGAUGAUGUAAACGAAAAGAAAAUAAAACAGGAGAAGCAUAUGACAAAGAAAAAACAAAAAGUGUGUGAUGAUAAAAAGGGUAAAGACGCCAAUGUAAGGAAAAACAAUAAAAAGCAAGAUUAUAAUACAAAUUUUGAAAGUAUAAACUCCGCUAGCAAUAAAAAUAAUAUGCUCUUACCAGAGAUAAUUCAAAAUGAAGAAACAUGCGAGGAAAAAAUAGAACAUAUAAAAGUAGAGAAGGGGAAAAAAGAGGGGAAUGUAAAUAACUAUAGUGACAAAGACAAGAAAAUAAAUAAAGCUAAUAACGCGAAAAAAAAAGUAAACGAAAAUAAAAAGGAAAAACAAAAUAUUCAAGAAUUGGAUCACCAUGCUAAUGAUAAAAAAGAAAAAGUGAAAAAAAAAAGUAGCAAUACUAUGAGAAAAAAAGACAACAUAAAAACGGAUGACAGUUCUUUAAAGAUAGAAAGUACUAUUUAUCCUGAACACGUCAUAAAAGAAGAAGCAGACCAUGAAAAAGUAGGAAAUGAAAAAAUAGAAGAAAUUGUAGUCGACGAAAAAGCAGACGAUGGAAAUGCAGACGAUGGAAAUGCAGACGAUGGAAAUGCAGACGAUGGAAAUGCAGACGAUGGAAAUGCUGACGAAGGAAAUACAGACAAUGAAAAUGCAUACGACGAAAAACAUGAAGACAAAAACCAAGAUGAAAAAAAACAAGAUGACGAAAAAGUAGACGACGAAGAAAAAGGACGAAAUGGGAAGAAGAUAAAAAAAAAAAUGAAUAAGAAUGACGAAUUAAACAAAGGAAAACAAGCUAAAGUUACCUUAUGCGAGUCAGAAGCAAAAGAAAAAAUUUUCAAAUAUAUGAAACAAACCAAUAGACCGUAUUCUGUUGUCAACGUAUAUGAUAAUCUACACGGCAGUAUAAGCAAAAACUCUGUUCAAAAACUAAUGGAUGAACUAAGUGUGGAAAACAAACUUCAAUGUAAAGAGUACGGAAAAGCAAAGGUUUACUUAAUAAAUCAAAAAGAGUUCAAAAGCUUAAAUAUGGAAGAAAUUAACAAGUUAAAAAAGGACAUCGAAAGAAUAAAAGAGGAAACAGAAAUAGCCAAAAAUGAUUAUAACAAUUUUGUUAAAAAAAGAAAAAAGCUUAUUCAAGAUUUAGAGUUAAUUAAAAAUACCGAUAAAUAUAAAAAAUCUCUUCAACAAAUUGAAGAAGAGAUAAAUAUAUAUGAAGAGACAAAUAAAAAUUGUAAAUUAACUGUGGAAGAAAUUGAACUUAUUAAAAGAAAACACGGCUACUUACACUCUACCUGGCUUAAACGAAAAAGUUUAUGUGUCGAAAUAAUUAAGUGUAUAGCUAGCUUAACUGAAAAAGAUACUCAGGGGGUCAUAUACCAUUUGGGAAUUGACGUAGAUGAGGAUGUCAUUCCGUACGAUUUAUACUUUUAA